GUCACUCCGUGCAGACGAAGCAACUUCUUGAGGAGUUCGCGAUCUGCGAGGCAGAUGACAAGCCCACUACGGUGGUGAUCUUGUCCAACCAACCGAAACAGGAGGUCGAGGACGAGAUUGCCGCCAUGAAUACCAACCUCGGCGAUUUGAAGCUUGUUGUGCGAAGUGGGAAGUGCUGCGACAAAACAGAUCUUUGGAAGGUCGGUGCAGAUUGUGCCGCGCGAAUCGUGAUCCCAGAGAAUCCCAAGCUCUCACAGGAUGAGUCGGAUGCUUCACAGAUGGGAGUGCUGCUCACACUCAAGGGUCAGGGCAAGUCCGGCUGGCCGAACAACGGCUACGUGGCUCUGUGCUCCUGCAUCAGUACGAACUGCGAGUACAUGCAGGAGUUGUACCCUGACAAGAGCUUUAUCAUCACUAGCGAAACCAUUGGCCGCAUGAUGGUGCAGGGCGUUCAGGAUCAGGGCCUAUGCUCAGUCUUUAACCAGCUGACCGGCUUCAGCGGGGACGAGUUCUAUGUUUCUGGAGCAGAGGACUUGGGUGUUGUGGGCAAGAGCUUCCUCGAGCUGCCCUUCUGGUUUCCUGUCACAGUCCCUUUGGGUGUCGUCCGACAUGGCGAGUACUUGCUGAACCCGGACAAGUCUAUGGAGAUUCAGCAAGACGACUCCAUUAUCCUCCUGGCGGACGACGAUGAUGCCGUCCAGCCGGUUGAAUCCUCUCACUUUGACUAUGCACGUUGGGCAGGCGAGCGCAAGCCUGCCACCUUCAAGGAGUCCAAUCCCAACGAUGGGGAAACGAUCAGCGCCCUGAUUUGCAAUCUGAAUGCCCGCAACUGCGGCUGCGCGAUCUUGGCUGCCAUGGACUCGAUGAGUGGAAAAGGGUCACAGGUUGACCUUUACGGUUCCCUCAGCGAAGAGGAGACCUGCGAAAUAGUGUCGAAUGCUCAGAGGAAAUGGGAGCAGGACUUCAAGAACAUAGAGGUUCGAAAAGUGUAUAGUGCGCCGAGUGACGCCAUGACGGCGAUGUAUCGUCUUCGAGAUCUACCCUUGGAGACCUAUGACUACAUCAUCCUGUUGGCUAACACAGUAGAGUCGGUAGACCGCGCCGAUGAGCAGACGGUGGCCAUGGUUCUGCAGAUGCAAUCCCUUCUGGCUGAGCGUGACGAAGACAAGUCGUUCCAGCCCCUGGUUGAGAUCUGCACAAACCGCAGAAGAGCAGCUGUCUGCAGUGGGAAUUCAGAACAUGUGCAACAGCACGCUGUUGGUUUCGAAAGCGCUUGCGAUGGUCGCCAUCAGUGA